AUGGGGCGAGGCGCCUAUUUGCUGACGCUUGUGCAGCUAUUGAUAGCGGUACGAAACGUGACGGCAGAUGACGUACCAAGGUCAAAAGCCGAGGUCCUGCGCUCACAUAUGUCGACCAAGACGUUGUACACCCCGCACUUGUGGACUGAACCACCGAGUCCGGAAGAUCCCAGAUGUCGCCCAGUCCAGCUGAAUUUCGUCCUUCGUCAUGGGACGCGAACCCCUACCACAAAGGACAUGACCCGGAUUCAGCGGAUACACUCGAAGUUACUAGCGGGUGGAAUCGGGGAGUCUCUCUCGUGGGUGGGACGCUGGGUGAACCCGUACUCGAGCGCAACUGCAGCGUGGCUCGCAGAUCGAGGAGUCGAUGAACUGAUUGGAAUCGGGACGCGACUUCGCGCUCGAUUGUCGCGACUGCCAGUGCAUUACAACUCGAGCAAGUUCUUCUUUGAGCAUACGUGGAAAAUUCGCACGCGACAGAGUGCAGAAGCCUUUGCGUUUGGCUUCUUUGACGGCCUUCAGCCAGUGUACUACCAUAGCUUUCCAACAGGAGACGAUGAAGUGCUGCGGUUCUAUGACAAUUGCCCGACGUUUGAGCUGCAGAUUGAGAAGAACAAGAGUGCACUUGCUGAACAUGCAAAGUACCGGCAUGGUGCACAGAUGCACGAGAAUCUGGAAAAGUUUCGACAGCUCGCGGGCGGUUCAAGUGCGACCCAGGAGGAUAUGGAAGCAGCGUACGCUGGUUGUGCCUUUGAUGUGGCAGUGCUUGAUGUGUAUGACAAUUGGUGCUCGUUCUUUGAUGAGAAGAUGCUGCUGUCGAUGGACUACUUUCAAGAUCUUAAGCACUUCUACCGGAAAAGUCACGGCCAUGCGCUGUCUUACGCGAUUGCGGCGCCACUGUUGCAGGACAUUUUUCGUACCAUGAAGCAACGUGUGGAUGAUGAGAGCGACGUCGAAGGGUAUUUUCGCUUUGCGCAUGCUGAGACUAUUCUACCGCUGGUAUCACUCUUGAACGUCAGCUACUUUGACUUGCAUCUGAGUGAUCGUGAAGGUCACUUCCGCGCAGAUACCCCGUUGGAUUUAGCUCUGCAGCGGAAGUUCAAAAGCUCUGAGUUGGCGCCGUUUUCCGCCAACAUUGGCUUUGUUCUCUACGAGUGUGCUGCUGAAAAUGGUCAAGAUCACGCAAAAUCGACAUUCAAGGUGAAGACAUUGCUCAAUGAGCAGGAGGUGAUAUUCAACGAGUGCAACGGCCAAGCGCUCUGUUCAUUCGACGAAUUGGAGAGUAUUUUUCGCAGAUGGAUCUAUGAGUUUGAUUUCCACGAACAGUGUGCGCUUGCAUAA